CCGGGUGAGACCAAUCGGGCGCCAUCUUGUCUUGUUCGUGAAGAAGUAGAAGCAUCGAACGGAUUGAAGUAGGUAUUGCAGGAACGGUGGCAACAGCGGUGUUCUGCAACUGGAGUAGGACAUAAAUAAUUUUGCUGCUAUGCUUCCAAGCUGUAUUCUGAAUCCACUUAAGUUUUAAACAAGGUAAACCUGAGAUAGAAAAUAGAGUAUAUUUAAAGAGUCAGGAUGUGGGAUCAAGGAGGACAACCUUGGCAACAGUGGCCCUUGAACCAACAACAGUGGAUGCAGUCAUUCCAGCAUCAACAGGAUCCAAGCCAGAUUGACUGGGCUGCUUUGGCUCAAGCUUGGAUUGCCCAAAGAGAAGCUUCAGGACAACAAAAUAUGGUAGAACAACCACCAGGAAUGAUACCAAAUGGACAAGAUAUGUCUACGAUGGAAUCUGGUCCAAACAAUCAUGGAAAUUUUCAAGGGGAUUCGAACUUUAACAGAAUGUGGCAACCAGAAUGGGGAAUGCAUCAGCAGCCCCCACACCCCCCUCCAGAUCAACCAUGGAUGCCACCAACACCAGGCCCAAUGGACAUUGUUCCUCCUUCUGAAGACAGCAACAGUCAGGACAGUGGGGAAUUUGCCCCUGACAACAGGCAUAUAUUUAACCAGAACAAUCACAACUUUGGUGGACCACCCGAUAAUUUUGCAGUGGGGCCAGUGAACCAGUUUGACUAUCAGCAUGGGGCUGCUUUUGGUCCACCGCAAGGUGGAUUUCAUCCUCCUUAUUGGCAACCAGGACCUCCAGGACCUCCGGCACCUCCCCAGAAUCGAAGAGAAAGGCCAUCAUCAUUCAGGGAUCGACAGCGUUCACCUAUUGCACUUCCUGUGAAGCAGGAGCCUCCACAAAUUGAUGCAGUAAAACGCAGGACUCUUCCAGCUUGGAUUCGUGAAGGUCUUGAAAAAAUGGAACGUGAAAAGCAGAAGAAGUUGGAAAAGGAAAGAAUGGAACAACAACGUUCACAAUUAUCUAAAAAAGAAAAGAAAGCCACAGAAGAUGCUGAAGGAGGAGAUGGCCCUCGUUUACCUCAAAGAAGUAAAUUUGAUAGUGAUGAGGAAGAUGAAGACACGGAAAAUGUUGAGGCUGUAAGUAGUGGAAAAGUCACCAGAAGUCCAUCUCCAGUUCCUCAAGAAGACCAAAGUGAACCAGAGAUGACUGAAGAAGAGAAAGAGUAUCAAAUGAUGUUGUUGACAAAAAUGCUUCUGACUGAAAUUCUAUUGGACGUGACAGAUGAAGAAAUUUAUUAUGUAGCCAAAGAUGCACACCGGAAAGCAACGAAAGCUCCUGCAAAACAGCUGGCACAGUCCAGUGCACUGGCUUCCCUCACUGGACUAGGUGGACUGGGUGGUUAUGGAUCAGGAGACAGUGAAGAUGAGAGGAGCUACAGAGGCUCUGAGUCAUCUGACACUGAUGAUGAAGAAUUACGGCAUCGGAUCCGGCAAAAACAGGAAGCAUUUUGGAGAAAAGAAAAAGAACAGCAGCUGUUACAUGAUAAACAGAUGGAAGAAGAAAAGCAGCAAACAGAAAGGGUUACAAAAGAGAUGAAUGAAUUUAUCCAUAAAGAGCAAAAUAGUUUUCUACUAGAAGCAAGAGAAGCAGACGGUGAUGUGGUUAAUGAAAAGAAAAGAAUUAUAAGUGAAACUACAUCAGCUUUAGAACCAAAAAAAGAGCAUAAAGAGAAAGAGAAACAAGGAAGGAGUAGAUCAGGAAGUUCUAGUAGUGGUAGUUCUAGUAGCAAUAGUAGAAGUAGUAGUUCCAGUAGUACUGUCUCUAGUUCUUCAUACAGUUCUAGCUCAGGUAGUAGUCGUACCACUUCUCGGUCGUCUUCUCCUAAAAGGAAAAAGAGACACAGUAGAAGUAGAUCUCCAACAGUUAAAGCUAGACGUAGCAGGAGUAGAAGUUACUCUCGCAGAAUUAAAAUAGAGAGCAAUAGGGCUAGGGUAAAGAUUAGAGAUAGGAGAAGAUCUAAUAGAAAUAGCACUGAAAGAGAAAGACGAAGAAAUCGGAGUCCUUCCCGAGAGAGACGUAGAAGUAGAAGUCGCUCAAGAGAUAGGCGAACCAAUCGUUCCAGUCGAAGUAGGAGUCGAGAUAGGCGUAAAAUUGAUGAACAACGUGGAAAUCUUAGUGGGAGCAGUCAUAAGCAUAAAGGUGAGGCUAAAGAACAAGAGAGGAAAAAAGAGAGGAGUCGAAGUAUAGAUAAAGAUAGUAGGAAAAAGAAAGACAAAGAAAGGGAGCGUGAACAGGAUAAAAGAAAAGAGAAACAAAAAAGGGAAGAAAAAGAUUUUAAGUUUAGUAGUCAGGAUGAUAGAUUAAAAAGGAAACGAGAAAGUGAAAGAGUAUUCUCUAGGAGUGGUUCUAUAUCUGUUAAAAUCAUAAGACAUGAUUCUAGACAGGAUAGUAAGAAAAGUACUACCAAAGAUAGUAAAAAGCAUUCAGGCUCUGAUUCUAGUGGAAGGAGCAGUUCUGAAUCUCCAGGAAGUAGCAAAGAAAAGAAGGCUAAGAAGCCUAAACAUAGUCGAUCGCGAUCCAUGGAGAAAUCUCAAAGGUCUGGUAAGAAGGCAAGCCGCAAACACAAGUCUAAGUCCCGAUCAAGGUAGUAUACUUUUUAAAGUAUUUUGUCUGAUUUUUUAAAAAUAUGACUGAAUUGAUUCAAAGUUCAAAGUGUCCUUUCUCUCUCUCUCUUUAAUAACUCAGUUUGGUACUUGAUAAUUGAUCAUAGCCUUAAGUAAUUUUAGAAAUCCUAUACAUUAAUAUUUAUUUAAUAUUGUGGAUUCUUUAGUUUAAAAUACAUUUUUAUUUUUAAAUUUUGUCUUUUCCCUUUUUUUUUUCCAGAUCAACAACUCCUCCCCGUCGUAAACGCUGAGGAAUGAUGUGGCAAGAAUGCCAUGAUGUUGUUAAAAAAUUCCAUGAGUUUUAAGGGCUUGUCUCAUUAUAGAGGCACAUUGUGGCUGUGUAGGUGAAACCAGAAUCUUUUUUUUUUUUUUUUUUUUAAUCUGUAAAUAGGUGUACUUUUUCCAGAUGCUGCUCUGAGUUACUUUGUAUUACUUUUUUUUUUUUUUCCAAAAUUAGUGCAUAAUAAGACUAUAAACAUGACAUUCUCUUUCAGCUGUAAUGUUCUUAAAAUUAUUCUUGAAUGUACUGUGAUGUCAAUAAAGCUCUUUAGUUCAUUUUUGUUAA